AUAAUUAUAGCCGUGAUUCUCUUAAUCGGAUGUAUUGCAGUCUCUAGGGCAUUAUCGAUUCUAACUUCAAUUGUAAGUAUUUUGUAUUAUCGUAAUAAUUACCAUUUAUAAACAUGUUUUCGUCUUUAUUUCAGAUGUACGAUAAUUACAUUUCUGUGGGAAGAUUCUCUUCUAGUAAUCUGUCUUUGAAAUAUAAAUUUAAAAUUAUCGACUUUAUGAAAAAAUUUGGUGGAAGACCUUUCGGAAUAUGUGUAAAUGGAUUCUUUUUCGUCAAGAAAAACUUUGUCAUCAGAGUGGUGAGUGGUCUUUAUUCGGUGUUAUCAUCCGUAAUUCAGUUAACCGGUGUUCUGGAAAAGAAAGGAUGUUUUUCAAGAAGCACAAAGUUCGAUGUUUCGCCCAAUAUGACUUAUCAUUAACUCUACUCUUUUAUAUAUUAACUAGCUGUUACCCGCGACUUCGUCCGCGCAGAUUUUGCAAGCA